GCAGAAGCCUGUGGUGUUGAUGGGGAAAGACAGGAAGCAACUUGUUGCUUUUUUUUUCUGAUAACCAUUUCUGAAGUCAGCUGACCCCAGCACUCUGUGGGUCAAGUCUCAUGAGGUGUCCUGUGAGAUGGGACAAAGGGCAGCUCAGAACACAGGAAGGGACACCAAGAUACGACUGUUCAGGCCACCUACCCACAGGAAUGCCAGGGCUGGCUCUUCUUCCAGGACUCUGUCUCCUGCUGAGCUGGCCUGGGGACCUAGAUUGGAAGAACUCAGCGGUCCACUUUGCAGACGUGGUUGUCAGCACCGCUGAGGGGCUCCACAUCACGCCGACACGCAGAGGCGACUCCUGUAACCCUCACUGCCCCGUCCACAGCACCUGCGUCAACUCUACCCACUGCACCUGCGACCCUGGCUUCCGGUCCGAGUCAGGCUACAAAUUCUUCCAGUUCCUCUUGGAGACUUGCAAUGAUAUUGACGAAUGCAGACCACCGAUUAGUGUAUACUGUGGCGUGCAUGGCGAAUGUCGCAACAUCGAAGGAACUUUCGAGUGUCACUGCUUACCUGGAUAUGAGCUUCUCUCCGGGGGCACAAGAUUCAAGAACUCCAGUGAGAACACCUGUCAGAAUGUCACCACUUCCUCCUCGAGGACAUCCAAGCAGCUGCAAAAGGUUGUGGAAGAAGUGAAGUCACACCUGGACAAUACAACACUAUGGAGGAGUGGAAAUAAGACUGAUGUGGCCACGAAAGUCACCAAGAUCCUGAAGCAGAUGGAGAAAAAUGUUCUGGAAACAGCCCUGAGGUCACCAGAGAAGACAACUCAGAGAGUCCAAAACAGUUCUGUGGCUGUCGAGACGCGAGUUGUUAGAAGCUGCUCCGGGUGGAGAGAGCUGUUCGGUCUGGUGGCCCAGAGCAACGCCAUGGAAAUUCACUGCACAGACGUCCUGCAGAACCCACAAGGCCCCAGUGCGGUGGCCUUCAUCUCCUACUCAUCCCUGGGCCGCAUCCUGGACGGAAGCUUCUUCCAGGAGCCGGGGGAGACAGGCCGGGCCCACCUGAGCUCCCAGGUGGUCAGCGCCACCAUCGGCCCCGACAGGAACCUGUCCGUCCGGCAGCCGGUGUCUCUGACCUUCCAGCGCACGCAGGGGGUGUCCAGGGACGGCCAAGUCCUGUGCGUCUAUUGGGCCAGCCAGCAGUGGGGCGGCCACUGGUCCACGGAUGGCUGCCUGCUGGUGGGUGAGAACAGCACCCACGUCUUCUGCAAUGCCACCCACCUGUCCAGUUUCGCCGUGCUGGUGGCCCUCAGCCAACAGGAGGAAGACUUCGUCCUGGACGUCAUCACCUACGUGGGGCUGGGUCUCUCUCUGCUCUGCCUCCUCCUGGCCGCCCUCACCUUCCUGCUGUGCAAAGCCAUCCAGAACACCAGCACCUCCAUCCACCUGCAGCUCUCGCUCUGCCUCUUCCUGGCCCACUUGCUCUUCCUCACGGCCAUCGACAGAACCGAGAUCCGGGUGCUGUGUGCCAUCAUCGCGGGGGCCUUACACUACCUCUACCUGGCCGCCUUCACCUGGAUGCUUCUGGAAGGCCUGAAUCUCUUCCUCACGGCCCGGAACCUGAUGGUGGUCAACUACUCGGGCAUGAACAAGGUCAUCAAAUGGCUCAUGUUCCCCGUGGGCUACGGGGUCCCUGCUGUGAUCGUGGGGGUGUCCGCAGCCUCCAGGCCUCACCUGUAUGGGACCCCCAGACGCUGCUGGCUCCAGCUACAAAAUGCAUUUGUGUGGAGUUUCCUCGGGCCCAUCUGUGCCAUGGCCUGUGUGAAUUUUGUAUUUUUCCUCUCCGUCCUGUGCAUUUUGAGAAGGAAACUUUCCUCCUUGAACAGUGAGGUAUCAACCAUCCAAAAUACAAGGAUGCUGACGUUCAAGGCCACGGCCCAGCUCGUCAUCCUGGGCUGCACCUGGUGUCUGGGGGUCCUGCAGGUGGGUCCCGCCGCCAAGCUCCUGGCCUAUCUCUUCACCAUCGUCAACACCCUGCAGGGCGUCUUCAUCUUCCUGGUCUACUGCCUCCUCAGCCAGCAGGUCCGAAAGUGGUUCCGAGAACUCAUCCGAACAAAGUCCAUGUCCGAGAGCCUUACACUUUCCAGCAGGUUUGGCCCCGAGUCCAAGCCCAGCGAGAUACAUGAAGAGAAAAUAGUAAAAUUGGAACCUCCAGCCACACGGGGCCAGGGAUCCCCCUGGAUCCAGUCAACAUCGUGAAGAAUGAAACAAGGGCCAAAAGAAAAAGAAAAAGAGAAAAACGCCUCACAAGAUGUCUGAUUCUGGAUGUCCAAACCCUACCCCUAGCAAACACCCUCUGGACCGUUGUUGAUGUUAUUUUUGCUAAGUAAGGAGGUCUUUCUUAGUGGUUUGCAGACAAUACAGUUGUUGGUUCAUG